UAAAGAAGCAAGCCUCGGCACGCGCUUGAUAAAAGCCUUCCUGGAUUUCUCGACGGCGCAGCGCGUCCCAUCACUAAUUCCAGGCUUCACUUUCAAAAUUAAUUUUUCCAUUUUAUCAGCUAUCAUUCGGCUGAACCCGGCACUGCUCGAGCAUCUUCGGAAGUAAUGGGCGUGCUCGAAUGCAGAGUGCGUCUCAACCGGCGGUACAAUCGGAUGAUCCCGGGCGGGCGGAGCCAAUUAGGAGGAAAUGGUACAGUUGGCUGACUCCUCCUAAGAAAACCGGCGACGACCAUCAGUACCCGGCAGUUUCAUCGUACAUCUGUACCGCUUUCAACUCAACGUUACAGCAGCGUGUUAAAUCUCUUGAGCCAGUCUUAGGUCACUCACAAAAACCACACCAACACUUACUUCUAAACCAAGCGGCACUCGUAUGGUGCAAUUUUUUUUUAGAAAUAUACGCCAAGGGCUUGGAAAUUAACGUUUCAGAGAAAUUGCUGCAGGAUGGAGACGCAAAUACAUGUACCCGUGGGCUCGCCGGUAAUUAGAAAAAUCCCAGUUUUCGUGGACGAGCGCAACGUAACGGAGGGAGCGAUGAAGCUCAUUAAAGAGCUGAGACCGGCGUGGGACUCGAGCGACGUCAAGACCAAGCUCUUCACCGAUGGAACCACCAACAAGCUAGUGGGCUGCUACGUGGACGACAGUCCAGAUGACGUAGUCCUGGUCCGAGUAUAUGGAAACAAAACAGAGCUGAUUGUGGACCGAGACAAUGAGCUUAAGAGCUUUCAGGUGCUGCAUGCUAAUGGUUGUGCUCCUCGCCUCUAUUGCACCUUUCUAAAUGGCAUCUGCUAUGAGUUCAUGCAGGGAGAUGCACUUGGAACGCAGGAUGUCAGAGAUCCUACUCUGCUCAGGCUGAUAGCCAGGGAAAUGGCUCGUAUCCACGCCAUCCAUGCACACAACGGCUGCAUCCCCAAACCCAACCUCUGGAUCAAGAUGCGGAAAUAUUUCUCACUUGUAGCCACAGAAUUCACAGAGCAAGCCUCCAACAUCAGAAUACAGCAGGAAGUUCCCAGCAAGGUGGUGCUGGAGCAGGAGAUGGUUUGGAUGAAGGAGCAUCUUUCCACACUGGGCUCACCUGUGGUGCUCUGUCACAAUGACCUGCUCUGCAAGAACAUCAUCCACAACAGCAAAGAGGGUCAUGUGCGCUUCAUCGACUAUGAGUACUCCAGCUACAACUACCAGGCCUUUGACAUCGGCAACCACUUCAAUGAAUUUGCAGGUAUGACUGAGCCGAACUAUGGACUCUAUCCUAGUCGGGAGAUGCAAAUGGAGUGGCUCAAGGUGUAUCUGCAGGCUUACAAACUCUUCACCAAGAACACAGAGGAGGUCAGCCAGCGAGAGCUAGAGACGCUCUACGUUCAGGUCAACAAGUUUGCUCUGGCUUCUCACUUCUUUUGGGGUUUCUGGGCUCUCAUCCAAGCCAAAUACUCCUCCAUCGAUUUUGACUUCCUGGGGUAUGCCGUGCUACGUUUCAACCAGUACUUCAAGACUAAACCUGCAGUGAUGGCCCUGCAGAUCCCAGAGUGAGAGGAGGCGACGGAAGCCAGAAGGAUGAGGAGAGGAGCCCAGAAGGAGGUGUGUUUGAAGGUUAAAUGCUGGGACUUCCUCUCCCAUGAAGACGCUUCUGUGAGCCAGCUGUUGAUGGACCACUCCUCGGUCAGCCUGGCAUCCUUUUCCUGCAACAAGCGCAAUUACUCUUUGAUUCCCCCAAACUUUAGCUCCACGUACGUCACCGCUGUAGCCCGAGAAUGACAAAACUUUCAUGUGUGUAUGUGUGCAAGUGCAUUCGUCUGCGUUUCUAAUAUAUGUUGAAAAAGCGUCACGCUUUUCCUCUUAGAGCAGCUGAACCAGGCGUAGAGAGGUCUGUGUUUGGGAUAGGACACCAAAAUGUUCCACAACGCUGGUAAUGAUGUCACAAGAGGAAGGAGAGGGUUGAAGAGUGUCAGGACGAUGGUUUGUUUUCUGAAACUGACUACAGGUGCAGCCUGGUGUUAGUCCCAUUGUAUGUGUGUGUCUUGUGUGUGUUCCUUCCUCUGUCUCUACAUAUUUUAACACAUUGUGACCUUUUCUCGGUUUUUUUUUUUCCAUCACCUUUGGUGCUAAGUGCCCGUAGCUUUCUGCACUGAGCUUUCCUCGGGGUGUCCUUUCCUGUGCCCCCUGUUUUUCCUGUUGAAGCACUUUCAGCUUCUUUCACCACAUCUUCCACUUAUUCACAGCAAACUGCUGCUGCUUAUGCUGCUAGAAUUGUAAGACUUGUCUGCGUGUUAGUUGGUGUUUCAUGCCAAACGCCACGUGUUUGGAACAGCAAAUGGAAAGGUUUAGGUUGACUCACUGUUAAAGCUAAAUGUGCAUUUAUUUAUUUGUAUUAACAUCUCAGGUUAACAACUCUUUGGAAAGUGGUACUGAAGGAGGUGGAGGGGAUGGCUACAAAGACGAGACCUCUGUGUGUGUUCCUGUCCUUGAGCAUUAUUUCCACCUUUUUGACUUUUAUGGUUACAGCGCAUCGCUCUGUUAAAUUUUCCAUUUAAGGUUUCCAGACAUUUUGGAAAGUCACCACCUCUGUCAUCCUCCCUGUGCCAUGUCCUCCUCUCCCUUUAUACCCUUUCAUCUUUGAUCGCUCACCAGUUCCCAGUUUUGGUCUUUGGUUGCUUCUCCCUUUACUCUGCGGAGGUUUAUGCAUCUGUUUUUCAAACCGUCCUGAAAUCAUAGCCCAGUCUCAGUCCCAUGCUGUAAUCCACUCUAUUCAUCUCAGAUUUAGUGUCAAAACUUCUUACAUAAUUACAUAUUGCAUAAGUUUUAUCUGGGGUCAAAUCAAGUGGAGCUUUCAAAAAGAAUCUGGCGUGGGUUAGCUGGGGGGGGGUGUCUGUCACGAGAUCAGCUACUGUUUUCCUGGGAAAAAGACCUGACUCUGAAAGACGAAGAAAUCAUUAACGCACAAAAGUACUCACAGCUUAGAAAGCAGGCUUCUUUGAAAUCUAGCUUGUCUGUUUGUUAGUAAAUAAUUUUUUUCAGCUUAACUUUUGACUGAACACCUAACUAAGCAGAAAUGUAUCUGUUCAAGCCUGUCACCUUUUUCAAAAGGCCAGACAGAUUGAGUGUAAUGUGAAACAUAGACUGUAUAGAAAAGAUGGAUGUAAUGUGAUGUAAUGCACUGUGAUGUCAGCCAUUGGUGAGCAGAGUCUCAUUUUGAAGCCUCGAGUUCUUUCUGAGAUGUGGCUCACAGAUUUUGUCAGUCAUAUGCAAAAUCGUACAGUACUGUAGUUAACUUCUGACUCAAUAAUAACUAGUAAUAAGUUAAUAAUUAAUAUAAUAAGAAUAAUAACGUACAAAAAUUACAUAUUGGAAAGUGUAAGACUUGAAACUAGUAACUAUUCAGACAAUAAAGUCAUCAAUGAUAUGUUUGCAGAGUUCAAAAACUAAGUUUUUCCAGAGGCUUCUAAGCAGUUGGAUGUCUUUUUGUGACCUCCCUGCAGGGCAUCCCAGUCCCUGCAGGGCAUCCCAGUCCCUGCAGGGCAUCCCAGUCCCUGCAGGGCAUC